AUUAAAUUGUCAAUUUUAUUAAACAAUAAAAGAAAAAAGAAAAACAUAAAGAUAUACAAUAAAAUGUCAUUGAAACGAAUCACCAUCAUAAUAUCUACAAUCAUUUUAGUGAUCAAUAAUCAACUAGAUUAUGGCCAUACUAUUGGUGAACAAUGUAUUUGUUCAGUUGAAAAAAAUGGUGAAUAUUGUGGUACAGAAUUGAAUGAAAUGAAUAAAGAAAAUUCCUGUCCGAAAAAAAUGUUUUUCUGUGGUGAAACUAAUCGUAACAAAACGGCCGUAAUGUUGGUUGAUUGUCAAGAAGGCCAAGAAUGUGACAUACGAACACUUUUUAGCAACGCAUGUCUAAAAAACGUUGAAUGUGAAUGUCCCAAAGGAUUAGCCAAAGGUCAAACAUAUUGUGGCGAUUUAUUAUCCGGAAAAGAUUGUAGUCCAAAUAUUACUUUUACAUGUCCACGUUUAUCAAUGUUAUUUCACCCAACUCCAGUUGAUGCAUGUCUUUAUGGUUGUAAGGAUGGUGUAUGCCAAUCAGUUCCUUCCAAGAAAUAGCAAAAAAAAAAGAAUAAAA